AUGGUAUCGUGUGUUGUUGGUGAAAUAUAUUUAGACGAAGAACAAGUGCCGUUUCAACAACCAAUAUUUCGGGAUUGGGAGAAUUUCCAUGGCUAUGUGCAAGUACGUCCAGGGGCUCAUAUUUUUUAUUGGUUGUUCUAUGCGGAUGGAACAAAAGUUGAUGCCGUUGAAAAGCCACUAGUGAUAUGGAUACAAGGGGGGCCAGGUUUCGCAGCUAGUGGCGUGGGGAAUUUUGGAGAAAUUGGUCCUCUAAACAUGGAUUUGAAGCCUCGCAACCAUACUUGGGUCAAAGGAAGAAAUCUAUUGCUUAUAGAUCAUCCUGUGGGCACUGGCUUCAGUUAUGUCACGAAUAGCUCAUUAUAUGUAAAGACAGAUCGAGAAUUAGCUAUGGAUUUAUCAAAAGUAAUAAAAGUCUUCUUUAGGAGGCACAAGAACUUUCGUAAAACGCCAGCGUAUUUGUUUGGUCAGAGUUAUGGAGGUAAAGCAUGCCCAAGAUUAGGAUUUUACUUGCAUACGGCAAUUCAAAGGAAGAGCCUACAAAUGAAUUUUAAGGGAAUUGGAAUCGGUGGAGGAUGGGUUGAUCCCAAAGAAAGCACUGCCGUACAAACGAAAUUCUUAUACUUUACGGGGGCCAUCGAUCGAAAUCAAUAUUUGUCAUCAUCACAGGUUGCCAAAAAACUGAUUCGUAGUUUACUGAAAAAUGAUUUCUCAACUGCCAAUGAGUUAGAUAGUGUUUUAUUUCAUAGUCUUAAUAAGGAGCGCUUCAUCAACUUUAACAAUGUCUAUGGUCAAAGUCCUUAUCCAGCACUUGAGCGGCUCAACUCGAAAGUAAACAUGUAUCUGAAGCCGUCAUUAGUCGGAGUGAACCAAUCAAGGACAUGGCAUUAUUUGUCAACGACUGUUUAUGACAAUUUGAAGGAUAGCUUCCUACUUUCUUCAACAUCUUUCUUAGAGGCACUCUUGGAUAAGACAAAAUUGAAAAUAGCUAUUUAUAAUGGCAAUUUGGACGUAGUUACUCCACUAGCUGGCGCUUGCAAUUGGGUUCACAAGCUAAAAUGGUCAGGAGCUGAUGAGUUUACUAAUGCCAAAAGAAUCCCCAUCAACGGAGAAAACAAUGGAUAUUAUAAGAAAACGAAAAACUUGAGUUUUUGGUGGGUCUUUCGUGCUGGGCACUGGAUACCGGAAGAAAAUCCUGAGGCUAUGGAACAAAUACUGCACUACGUCAUGUCAGACGACUGA